CGCGCAAGAGGUCCAAGGGACUGUGUUUCAGUUAAUUCCUGGCCAACUCCGCAGCAAGUCGAGACAGCGCGCCUGUCUCACUAUCAACCGCGCCGAACAUAAAGAUAAUAAUAAUAAUAAUAAUAAUAAUAAUAAUAAUCACUAUGAUAUGAAUGCUCAAUAUUGUCUUUCGGGGGACAGGACAGUACCUGCUAAUGGAGUUGUUGAGAAAAUGCGCUUUUUACUGUUUUGUACAACUCUGUGCGGAUGUGUCUUCACUUCAGGAUGGGCCCUGCAGAUGCAGUGCUACCACUGUGAGGAGUACCUGCUGGAGAACGACUGCUCGGCGCCCCAGUUCAUCGUCAACUGCACGGCCAACAUCCAGAACGCCUGCCAGAAGGAGAUACUGGUUGGGACUAACGGGGUGUCCUACCGCAAAGCCUGCGCUUCCUUCUCCACCUGUCUGAUCGUGUCGGCGGGGUACCAGUCCUUCUGCUCGCCUGGCCGUGUGGGCUCCGUGUGCAUCAGCUGCUGCAACACCCCUCUGUGCAACGGCCCGCGCCCACCUCGCAUCUCCUCCGCGCCAGCCCCUUGCCCCUCCGCGCUGGCCCUGCUUGCCUCCCUGCUGCCUGGACUGCUGGGACCCCCACUUUAGACCCCCCCACUGACUUAAACCAACCACCCUGAUGUAGAAACAGGGGAAGAAGGCGUUCCCUCCUGGGGCUUCUCCUGUAAGAACUGCAGAGGGUCUGCUUGUUUCGCAUUUGCACCGGGACUUGACCUCCUCUUGGCAAAAUCGGUAAGAGGGGAUUUUUGUUAGCGUGUGGCUGAUCCACAUGGGAAGCAGACCUGGCCUUUCAGUGACGAGAGCUGCUGCUGGGGCAGCACAGCUCCUGUGUUUGACUGUUGCCUUGAGUGUUUGUGUGGACUGGCGACUUCCCCAUUCCUCCUGCUGCCCUGCUCUCUGUUGUGUUAUGCAGCGCUGAAUGUUGGACAGACUGCAGCACAGUCCAAGUGCUCCCUUCAUAAGUAACUCUCUGUAAUGGCGUGGGCCUUCGUGACAAGGCGCUACAUUUGCACUUGCCAUUAUAAAAAGGUAAAGAAGCUGCAAUGCCUCUGGACAGCAAACGAGCUGCUUAGCCAUUCAGAUUUGUCGUCAUGUGCAAGUUCCUGAAGCAGCGGCGUAUCAGUGCCUUAUUUCGAAAUCGGCACCACCCGUGAAGCUGUUUCUUAGCGUCAGGAUCUCACAUUUCUGCGGGAGAAUAUGUUGUGCUGUGAAGUCUUCGUGGAGCCUCAGUAACUGUUGUGCACACAGGUGUUGUGUCUACACCUGUGGAUGCAACUUAAUCAAAGAAAGGGAACUGGGUUAUUCAUGUCUUGGAUUAAUACACCUUGUACACCGAGCCUUUAAUAGCACUUGUGUACUGGAACUGAUCUUGAACGCAAGACCAUGGACAAUUAUUCUGCCCCCAAAAAUCAAAAACCAGUCUUGAAUCUUUCCUGGAUUUUGAAUAUGUUUGAAUAUGUGCCGGAGGGAAAAGGGAAGAUCACCCACUGCACUUUUAAGAGAGAAUGCAGAAAAAGGCAGAAAACCCUCAACUGUCCUGUUAUUAAAAAAAUCCAGCCUUGUCUCCUGAUCAAAGCUGUUUGCUAGAUACAUUAGUCCCUCAAACUUAAAACUUAAACUUAAAACCUAAAUACACAUUUUCUCAGUUUCCAUUUGUGGUUUCAGGAGUGUGUCUAACAUCCAACCCUGGCCCCCUGCAUUGACUAUAACCUUUCAGGAGUUUAAAUACUCAUUAUCAGUACCCUCCUCUCCAGAGCGAAGAAAUACAGUCCUUCUUUAUGUACAUAAAAGACAUCCAUUGAUAACCAGACAUUACAAUUUCUUGUUCUUCUGUGAGCUCAUUCCAGAGUGUCCUGUUCUGUGACAGAUUGGCCAAACUGAUACACUGUAGGAAAUUAGGUCUUAUCUGAUUUGGUCCUGUCACAGCCAAGCUAAUACAAACCUGUGAGAACAAAAUUUAAAAAAAAAAGCAUUUUAUGCCUGGUCCUUCUGGGGCCACCAUCAGGUUUUUCAAGAUCUUUAACUCCAAUCGGCCCAAAUGAGCAAGUGAUCACUGUGAUUGUUUAGACCCCAGGUGCAAUAAAAACCAGACUCUUCACCCUUUCCAGCAGCUUCCAGGGAUAUUCAAGUCACCACUACAGUAGCAUCACUGCCCUGCAGAGUCUGCUCUAGCU